AUGCAACAAAAAACCAACAAGACACCCGUCCUUAUCGUUGGAGGAUCACUCGUCGGUCUUUCCGCGGCCCUGUUCCUGUCUCAUCAUGGCCUUCAACCCAUCCUUAUCGAACACCAUGCAGGCAGCUCUCCACACCCUCGAGCCAUGGGCUUCCUCUCACGAACCAUGGAAAUGUAUCGUGCUGCUGGAUUAAAAGACAAGAUUCCUCUUGCGGACCCUAACUUUAAACUCGUCCGUACUCGAGUAGAAAGCCUAACUGGAAAGUGGCACGAGGAGUCCUACUGGAGUAAGGACAAAUCAUCAGCAAAACAGCCUAAUGCUAAAAACGAGUUGAUGGAAUAUACACACACUAUCGGGGCCGAUAUGGCACAAGACGAAUUGGAAGGGGUUCUUCGAGAGUCUGCUGUUAGCAAAGGUGCUGAUCUACGGUACUCGACUACCUUGGUUCGCUUCGAGCAAGAUGAAAACGGAGUCACGGCAUUUGUCAAAAAUAGGAAUGAUGAGACAGAAUACGAGAUUCACGCAGACUAUAUGAUUGCCACUGACGGGAACCGGAGUUUCGUACGCGAAACGCUGGGUAUACAACGAGAAGGACGUGGCUAUAUGCAGACAAUGCGAAGUGUAUUAUUCAAAGCCCCCGAGCUGCAGCAAUACCACAAGAGAGGAGUCCAGUUCAGCAUCGACCAACCGGAUCUCAAAGCAUUCAUGGUGUACUACCGUAAUGAUCGGUGGGCGUUGAUGUUUUCUGAUGAUGUGGAGAGAGACGAAGCUGCAUACAAGGAAGCUAUUUACAAAGCAGUGGGGAAAACCGACUUCGCCCUGGAGAUUAUUACUACCGGGGAAUGGGAGUUAACUGCCCUAAUUGCAAAGUCCUACCAGUCGGGCCGUAUCUUUCUGGCCGGUGACUCUGCACACACCCUGCCACCAAAUCGAGGGGGUUAUGGUGCGAAUACUGGGAUAGCCGACGCGUGGAAUAUUUCUUGGAAGCUUGCUUCGGUCACCAAAGGAUAUUCUUCCCCAGCACUUCUGGAUACAUAUGAGACUGAACGACAUCCCAUUGCCAUGUUCCGCCAUGAUCAAAUGUUUUCUAGACAGGACUAUAAGACAUGGUCUGCAAAAGACAAGAAAGAGACAGCAGCGCUGGAUGAUAUUGCAAUAGAGCUGGGUGAGAUUUAUCACUCAAAGGCCAUAAUCUCUGACUUGGAAGCCGAUAAUGUACCGCCUGUGAAACGGCCAGACGAAUGGAAUGGAGAGCCAGGGACACGAGCUGCAGAUUGGUGGCUCAAAACUGGUGAUAACUCGAGGACGGCCAUUGACUUUUAUGGAAAAGGUUGGGUUCUAAUAACCCAGAGUGAUUUGUGGAAAGAUGCUGCAUCUCAGGUCAAUGAAUCGACGCCAAUCAAGAUUGAUUGUAUACAACUUGGUGUUGAUGAAACCGCAGACGACCUGGAAGGUCUGAAAAAGAUUAUGGGGGUUACAGAGACUGGCGCGUCCCUGGUUCGCCCUGACGGUGUUAUUGCUUGGAGGCUGAAGCAGAAUUCGGAUGCAGCUACAACACCUGCGGAGCUUUUAAAGCAAGUUUUGUGUCAAGCUGCAUUUGCAUCUGAUGUGACACAUUGA